AUGCAACACUUGCCGGGGAUCGUCGAUCCCGCCUGGGCCGAUGGAUACCAUGCGGCCGCAUACAGCCCGUCCUCGACGGAAGCUUCUAGAGAAAUGUCGCGCUACGACCUCCCUCAGCUCGAGAUCGACCGCAGAGCGGACAUCUGGGCACAAAUGGGCGGAUCGGACAGUGUGUCACACCAUGCAAGCAAAGAGGACAAGUUCCGCGAUACCAAGAUGAUCAACAAGAUUAGAGAUCUGUUGAUAGACGAUCGGCUAGAAUUAGGGAGGCUGGGGCUACCGGACAGCCAUCCUGCCAACAACAUGAAGCCAGCCUUUGGCCUUUUACACGACUUUUAUGAUGCCAAGCUUGGGCCACUCGUUGGGAAAGACCUUGAUGAAGGUCUGCAUAUGUUUGAUGCGGAACUGGCUAGGAAGCAGGAAGGAGCAGACCAUCUGGAAACCCUGAGGGGGAUCCUGGACACAGAGCGUGAUGGAGAGAGCCUGCGAAAUGCAGAAUUCAUCUUGGUCAGAGAUGCCCUCUAUGCACUUCAUCUCCUCUACAAACACCAACUGAUCACCGUAGAACAAGUGAGAAACUUUUUCAAGGCUGACGGAAUCAUCAAAUCCCUGGGGAGACACCUUGUUGACUGUUAUGGAGAAUAUUACCCCCACUUCUCCAACUUCAAAAACUUCUUGCCGGACAUGGAUUUCUUGAAAGCGGACUCGAAAAGUGUGGAAUUGCAUUGGUGGCUCAAUUUGAUUGACAGGACCACUCGGGGGAAGAUUCUCCUCAGAUCAAUGCAGAAGCUGUUUGCAAACAUGGCGCCCCAAAGAGUCGUUGGGGAAGACAUCUCCUCGGUUAAAUGGGGAGUAUUCCUUGACGAGGGGUUCUAUCAGACUUUUGAAUGGAAAGGCUCGACCAUAAACCCUCAUGGAAAUCAGUUGGACCGAUUGAAAGAAUAUGUGAUCACCAUUUCGGAAGCCACUUCCACAACCAACAGUCUUGAAGAGGUACUGUCAAACUUCUGGAUCCGGAAUGUGAUAUUCAAAUACAAUGCCAACCACAUCCCUCGCUCACUCUCCAAGUCGAGGCCGGGAGAGCCGGGAGCGCGGAUCAUGCGGCAGCACGAACUGGCCAAGAAGAUCCUCCAAAUUCAUGUGGCCAGAAACAGGUUCUUUGAGCAUGAAUGGUGGUUUGAUUCAACCAGUCCCAUCAUCCAUCUCCAGAGCAAGAAAUGGAUAGGAAGAGUCGAGCAGAAGAAGCACAAAGCCCCUGAAGAGUACAAUCAACUCAAAGCCCAAUGCCAGGUGUUACUCGAAACAUCCGCAUCCGAUCAGGAGCUCGGCCGGUGCGGGAUGGGCUUUGUUGUACAAGGCCUAUCUGACGCCAACACCAUCAGGAACGGCUGGCUCAACCAAAUCACUACCCACACGCGUCCCUCCUUGACGGACAACAGCCCCUCCAAAAGGGACAAGCUCAAGGGGAAGCUGGACACUUUGCGAGGACACUACGGCGAUAAGGUCGCCCGAGUCCGGGCGAGGGUCACAGGGGCCAAAGAAAAGUGA